AUGAGAAUUCUAUCUCUUCUGGUUGGCAUCUUUGCCUGGGCGCGACUGGCUCAAGCCCAAGCUGUCUUCGCCCACUUCAUGAUCACCAACUCUGCCAACUACACAGCCGAUGACUGGCUCGAUGACAUUGCCAAGGCCAAAGCGGCUCAUAUUGAUGCCUUCGCACUCAACAUGGCCUAUGGAGACCAACGAAUGAGAGGUCUAUUGCCGAUGCGUUUGAACACGCGUCUUCACUGGGGUUUCAGCUCUUCUUCUCACUGGGUCGAGAUCAAGGCAGCCACCGGUUGCUUUUUCAUCCCCGAUUGGUCGUCCCUUGGCGCGAAGCCAGCAAUGGCUAAAUCAAAUGGCGUUGCUGAUGGCCUCUUCAGCUGGGCGGCCUGGCCGUGGGGUGACCAAAGUAUGGACACCUACGUAGAUGCGUCCUAUAAGCAGUACCUCAGCGGAAAGCCCUACAUGAUGGCGGCGUCUCCAUGGUUUUACACGAAUCUUCCUGGCUAUGAAAAGAACUGGAUGUGGCGAGGGGAUGACCUCUGGUUCGACCGGUGGCAACAGAUUCUCUGGUGGCGUCCCGAAUUUGUCCAGAUUAUCUCGUGGAACGACUACGGCGAAUCACGCCAUAUUGGACCUGUGCGAGAUAAUUCUCUCGAGGCCUUUACCAUUGGAAAAGCUCCCUUCAAUUUCGUUCUGCCACAUGAUGGCUGGCGGGAUACACUUCCAUUCACCAUCGACAUGUACAAGUACAACACGACGACAGUCGAUUCAGAGCGUCUGGUAGCCUGGUACAGACCCAACCCCGCAACAAGUUGCAAAGACGGCGGCACGUCCGGUAAUACGGCGUCGCAGUUGCAGCUCGAGUUUCAUCCCUGGAACGUAGCUAAAGACGCCAUCUACUUCACAGCGCUGCUCGCAUCGUCUGCCACUAUCGAGGUCACUGUCGGAGGGGUUCAGCAGAAGGCUUCCUGGGCGGCCACACCCGAAGGAGGCGUUGGUCUCUACCAUGGGAAUGCCUGGUACUACGACCAGACAGGCGAAGUCCAUAUUCGUGUUGUUCGCGGUGGCACAGUUAUUGCUGAAGUAGCCGGGAUCGCUAUCACCACAGACUGCAGCAAGACCAAUGGCUACAACAACUGGAAUGCCUGGGUCGGCAGUGCCACUGCAGCAGGCUCCAUCUCAGCCAAGCCACACUCCCGUACAGACCAGGUCUGUGUUGAGGGUACAGGACCUCUUCCCGGUUUUGCGACUCUUUGCGAAUUCACAUUUGGCUACGGCUACUGUCCGGAGGGUGCAUGUCAUUGCACAAAGUUAGGAGCGCAGGUCGAAAAGCCCAAAUGGAAGGGCAUCACGGCGUAUCCAGCAGCUGGCAAAACAAGCGACUACCAAGGGCUCUGGGGCGCUCAAUCUCAUGGAGCCUACGAGCAAAAGCAACGCCAUCUUGACGGCACCGCCAAUGACCACGGCUUAUGCGCGUUCAAUUGCGCGCGUGGGCACUGCCCGUCGAUCUGCGCUGAUCCAGACUUGGGCCAGGCAACAGAUCUCUGGCAGGCUGGCUACUUUGUCCCAGAGUACAACAUCGAAGAGGACGACGUCUAUCCCAGCAUCCUUUCCGCCGACACUACGUGUGACCCGAGUGUCAGGCCCAAAACUCUCGAUGAUUUGGUCAAGGUCAUGAAUGACGAUACCUACAACCCUGUCUGCCGAAACCUUUGGGCCCUUCGCAUACUCUCCGACUCUCUUGAUAGCUUUCAGGCGGACUACAAGGACGCUCUCAGCGGCUACGAUGCUGUCUUUGGAUACUAUGCCGACUAUGUCAAGCAGAGGAUCAGCCCUCAAUUGGAGUCUUAUAUGGACUUCGAUACCGGGCGCGGAAACGAGUUCUUCACAUGCUCUUGGACCGUUCGGUCCAGGACAAGGGAAGGGCCCUGCCCUCCGGCGGACAAGUUCUGGCAGCAGAGUGAGUCAUGGUCUGUGACUUACACCCUUUCUGAUCCGGAUGGGUUCUACGCUGCUGUUCAACAAGACCUCGGUAUUGAGAAGGACUGGAUUUCCUUCGGCGAUUGGCAUCAAAUCGGUGAGUGCGUCGAUGCACCUGACUGGCGCCCCCCGGGGACGAAGGUCCACUGCCGUGAAGCCCAACUUUACAAAAAGGGUCUCCCUGUCAGCAGCAACAAGGUCAAGGUGUCAAACCCCAAGGACGUCAUUGAGGCAGCGUUGCCAUCGAUCAGCGACUUGUCUAUGCGCGUCUUGAAUAUGUACGUCAUGGCAGGCCUUGGCUACGCUGAUGAUACAGGUGACAUGGUGACGGCCGUUGCCAUGCCCGUUUUGAUGCUCGAGGGCGUCAUUGAGAACAUGAAGGAAAUUAAACGUAUUGGCGCCGCACAGCGCGACCUCCUGAAGAAAAGACUUGUGCUCGAGAUCCUUUCCAUUGUCCUGUUCGUUCUGCCAUUCGCUGGCGAGGUUGUGGGUGCUGCGUUUGGCGGCGCCGCCAUGGUGGCUCGUAUUGCGGCAGUUAUUGGGGAAUUCGGGAACACUGCCCUCACCAUUGAAAGCAUUGUGAGUGAUCCUGUAUCGGCGCCUUUUGCCGUUCUGUCGCUUCUUAUUGGACCCUAUGGCGGCGCGUCGGAGCGAACGUCUUCACAGGCCAUCGCAGAAGCGGCGGCGGCGAGAAGGGCUCUUUCUGCGGACAAGAUCAAGUUGUUUGGCGAAAGUUUCGUUGCCCAGGACGCAAAGAUCCAAAAGAUUGUAAACGUUUGUGCCUAG